AAAGUUGAAGCAUUUGCACUAUAUCAUUCCACGAUAUCUGCAAGGCGGGCGUUGGCAACAGCAAUGGCGAUGGGAGCAGGUCUGAGAGGAGGAGCGAGGGUGGAAACCCAUUUAUCGUUUGAGAGGGGGAACCCAUUUAUGUCAUAUCAAAACAAGCAUAAACUGAGGAGGAGAAGUGGGUUUGCAGUUGCAGGAUUAUCAUACCAAGUUCUGGAGCAGAGAUUAGGGUCAGGGGAAUGGGCUUUAGCAGACCAAGAGACAAGGCGGCUGCUGCUGGUUCUGGCAGGGGAUGCCGCUGUCAAGAGAAAUUAUGUGUUUUUCUCAGAGGUUCAGUUCAUCCCUGCCUCUGAUCUCCAGACCAUUGACCAGCUAUGGAGGAAGCACAGCAACAGCCGCUUUGGGUACAGUGUGCAGCGAAGGAUCUGGAACAAGGUCAAUCGGGACUUCACUGAAUUCUUCAAGAAGGUGGGCUGGAUGAAGCGCCUGAAACAGGGGGAGGGCGAGCAGGAGUAUUACAGUUAUAGGUCAUUUCCAGCUGAAUUUGUUUGGGAUUUGGGGGAUUCUACACCUGAGGGUCAUUUGCCAUUGACUAAUGCUCUCAGAGGGACUCAGCUCCUUGCUACCAUUCUCCAACAUCCUGCCUUCCAUGACCAGGAUCAGCAGCUGCUGUAAAUGCCAUUCUGUUUUUCUCUCUCUCAAUCAAUUGGGUAUUUCCCUUGAGAGCAAUUUGGUCUUUUCCUAUUUAAUGCAGACCUUUCAAGGUUAGUUUUGAGUUGUGCUUAUCUUCCCCCUGUCUUGUUUUUCAUAGUAUUGUUAAAAUCCAAAUAGACCAAUUUCAACUUUUGAUGUUAUCUACACCCCAUAGACAGUCCUAGUUGUAAAGAUGUGAGUCCAUUCCUGAUCAAGACAGUGCUGUUGUUUCUCUGUUAUGGUCGGCACGGUCUUAUCUUACAGUAUGAGAAAAAUCUGUGGCGCUUCUCUGUUAUGUUCAAGCUGGCGUUUCCAAUGGUAUGUAGGACUUGCUCUAAGAACAGCGGAGUGAAUUUUGGAAUAGCAUGAUUAUCAAUAGACUUUUUGCUAUUUCCAUUCUACUGUUGUGCCCCAUUCUUGUAUCUGUGUUUCCAAUCAUAUGUGGCUAUUAAUUUCAUUGGGAAAAAAACUCUAAGACCAAUGCUUUGGGAAAUACUUACUUUGUUUUCCCACUUGAUCCUUUCCAAUAUCAUUGAGGAAAACUGAUGGAUUACAGACUGA